UUAAGGCUGUAAAUAUGGCAGAGAAGCAGCCCCAAUCACAAGGUAAAAAUGAGAAUGAAGGUGUAUAUGAGGAAGUUGAGGCAAAUAAAAAGGCUAAAGCAGUGGAUGAUACUGAAGUGAUGUACCAGAAUGUACGUUUUCAGCAAACUCUUGACAUAAAGGAACUUCUGCCAGACAAGGCAGCAGAAAGAUGUCGCCGCUAUCAGCAGCUGUGUUGCUGCUUUGGGACUCUGUGUGUCAUUUUGGUGCUGAGUGUCAUUGGAGUCUGUGUUCAUUUUACAGCAAUUCAUGAGAGCACUUCAAAUGAGCUGAACCAGCUGAAAUCAUCCCAACAGGUUCUGCUGGAGGAGAAUCAGAACCUGACAAACCUCAACAACAAACUCAGUUCAGAUAAUAAAAAUCUAACGAUUCAGUUUGACAACCUGACUAUGGCUUCUCAUGCCUUAGAAAACAACAUCACCAUGCUGACAACAGAAAAAUCCAACCUGACUUCUCUUAAUGAGGAGCUGAAGGAACAAAAGAAAAACCUCACAGAAAAAAUAAAAAACAUGGAGGAAACCUGGGAUGGUCUCAAUGUCAGUCGAGCUCAAUGGAGCAUUGAUGAAUACUGUCCAAAAACAAAUGCUGGGAGAAGCUGCAAUAAUUGCCAGAAAGGCUGGACUUACAAACCUUCCAGUUGUUAUGCUUAUAACAAUGCUCCACCAUCUGAACACCUGACCUGGGAAGAUGCUCGAGAAAACUGCAAACAGAUGAUUGCAGAUCUGACUGUUGUUUCUAACCAGGCAGAAAAGGUAAUGGAAGAACAAUUUUAA